GGAGGUGAAAACAAUCUUGUAUCCAUCGCUGCCUGCCUUGCAAAUUUAAAUCAGCUGCUAGUGUUUAUAAUGAAUUUUAUUGUUAUUUGCAUCUCGUAGAGAAUAUCUAGAAGAUCUAUUCAAUUUUUUAAGGUUAGCCUCGGGCCGAUUUUCCACUGUUCCGCGAAUGUUUGCAGCUGCUGGCUGAAAGCUGCUCCAUUUUUAUCUGGAAUUGGACGUUUUCCGAGCAUGUGAUGCAUGCAAAUUUUUAGGAACUCAAAAUUUGCGUUGUUCCGUUCCGGAAACCGAUGGCAUCCAGAUGUAUUCAAACUCUUAAUGAUCUGGACAAGAUAUCCGAUAGGAUCUACUCCAAACAUUCAAAGGUAAACACUUGGUUAGCAUUUGCAUCGUGAAGCGACAGUAAAUUUUCUGCCCUCCAAAUUAUAACUUGAGGUCGACCUGUUACCUUAAUUGAGCUAAUUAUCAACAGUUGUUUUCCUUAGACAAUUUGUUUAUUAUGUUUAUUUUAAAUAUUUAGGGGCGUUUUCGUGCUGGUAUUGAAGCCAAAUUGAAAGCCGCGAGAGAGAAAGCCGAACGAUCGUUGCGGGAAAUCGACGAAGAAUCUCCUUCAUGCAGUUACAAGGAGACAAAUACUUGUCGAUCUAGUAUCAGGUAACGUAUUCUUAACUCGAAUUCCGCUCUAAUGAAAAUUUAAUUAACGAAUUAGUUAGGUAAAUCAUGGUAAAUUCGAGAAGGGAAACAGCUAUGUUUCCAUUAUGAAAGGGAGAUUGAGAACAGAGAAGCUUAUCAGCUAGAGGGUGUUAUUUUGGACUAACACUAAAUUCUCCUGUCUGGUUCUGCUUCUACAACCAUUUGUAAAAAUGUUGAGACAACCUAGGCAAAAAGUGCAUUUACUGACUUCAUCGAUUGGAUAAGAAGAACUUUUGCAUCAAAAAUCUAAAAGCUGCCCCCCUUCCCUGGUUCAAUGUUGUUCAUCAAUGUUUUGUACAUGGUACUGCCUAACUAAAUAUACUGACAUCGCAAAGGGGAAGGUUGGAAGGAUCAACUUUCCCCUCCUGUGGGCUAAACAUCAUCGCUAGUGCUUCUUAGUGCACCAUGCCACAGAAACCAAGGCCAUGACCACUGGGAUCUUAUAAUUAACCUUAAACUAUGACGUGGAAAUGUGAUCUUUAGAUUAUAGGCCAGCAGAUUUCAAAUUAAGCUGAGUGGUACAUGAUUUACAUAGAACCCCACCACCAAUAGCACCCCACCAUCUAUAACACCCCACCACUCAUAGCACCCCACCACCCAUAACACUCCACCACCCAUAGCAUCCCACCACCCUUCCAGCAUUGUGGAAAAAGGAACAAAAGUUACAAAUCUUUGUAUCAUUUCAGGCCAUCAAGUUCAACUCCAUCCUCCAGAACUUUUUCAAUGUCUGUUUCAACUUCAUCAAGAUAUGUAACUUCAGAACGUCAAAGCAAAAUACGAAGAGAAAACGUACACAAACCUUCCUCUACAAAAUCAGCUCCAAAUGAGCAAAGAGUCAGAGCUCAGAGGAGGAAAACCAAAUCAUGUCCAAGCUGCUCAAUAGCUGACAAAACAGAGGAGGAGCAAAAAGGUUGCAGUGGCCAUCUUCCUUACACUGUGUCAUUUUUUGGCAAGUACAAUGGAAAAGAAUCAGAAUAUAAACCAACUGCCUGGUUCAACCUCCCUCAAGAGACAAGCGUUGGUGUGAUUGAUACUUUUGCUUGUGAUGAGAAGAACAAGAAGCCAAUUUGUUACUCAGUGGAUAAUAAAAAAGGGGAAAGUGUGCCUAAUCUUUUGAGACAUAACUUGCCAGUGAGGGUGGGACAAAAUGGUAUUGUAAGAACUGAGAAGAAAGUGGAAUUAAUACCGGAAACUGAUGAUGGAAAUACAAAGCAAGGGAAGAAACGCACAGCUCCACUGAACUGGGAGGAGCAGCUGAAUUGGCAUAAUGUGAGUCUCCUGAGUUUCUUUAUUGUUAGCACUUAAUUAGCAGGCUCCAGACAAAUCUAGACAUGCCUUUCUGCCAGGUGGUCAAGAAGACUGUGAGCCUUGUGAGUCCUUUACUGCAAUAAUGUGGGUUUGAUAGUCUGGUAGUGGUGACUGACGUUUUGACAAACUGAGCAGAAGUCAUCAUCAGAGUCAAGUGAAUAGUUGUUGUCAGUCAAAUGUUGCGAGUCUUAACUCCCAAGAUCUCAUAAGUAAUUCUCCUUACUGUCUCCCAUACAGUUCUUGUAAUGUAAUUUUGGAGAAUUUGGUAUUGGAUCAACUGGUAAUCCCCUAACCGAUCUUUUUCUUUAUUCUCAUCUCUUGUUUGCUUGAUAUUGUAUUUAUAUUUUAAGGAGAAAUUCUGUCAUGGUCACUCAUGAGGGUUAUUAAAGGGUUAACUUAAAUUCAAUUUUUACCCAACCUCUUCAUUGAAGUAUGAUUUCUUGAUUUAUAAAUAGAGAUUCCUUUUCAUAAACAGGCAUGUGUUGUUUCAUCAGCCUUAAAGUCAGAGAAGGAUUCCUCCUCAAAGGUACGAGAAACAAUGUAAAAAUUAGAAAAAUGUGAAAAAAUAGUAAGGCAUUCCUGAUUGUAAUCAAGAAGGGUGGGGUAAAACAACUGAUUGAUGGGUGUGGGAUGGGAGAUAAUAGGGGAAUACAGUUGGCUGUGAUGUCACAAUCUGAUUGGCUGUGAUGUCACAAUCUGAUUGGCCAAUUUGCUGUUGUGGAUAGGGGGACAGACAAUGCUGCUUGUGUCAAUGUGUCACACAAUGGUUACUCACUAAAAGAUUUAUUUCAUUUGAUGUCAAUAUUGUAGUAUUAAAAAACAAAUUGACAAUGGUUUAGUGUGGUCUGUACUCAUAUCAAUAACAAUGUUUGUCAUCACAGUGGUCAAAAUUUGUUGCAGACUUACUCAGCUGUGCCUUGUGAGUCAACAACAUUUUGACCACUGAUGACAAAUAUUGGUUUUGAUAAGAGUACAGACCACUCUAAACCACUUUCCAUUUGUUAAUUUGAUUCUGUUUAUAAGAAGACUCAUCUUGAAUGGUAAUCUCCAUGAUCUAAUACUUUUUACAUCUGCAUAAUUCAAGUACACUUAUUCCAUUGAUUAAUUUCCUAUUCAAGAGUUACUUGUUAGGCCCAUUGAAAGCAGACUCAACACAGCUCUUAGAAGGCAUAAACCAUCACGCUAAAAAAUUUACAAUUAUAUUCAGUUUUAUGAGAGUAAAUAAAAACAGUGUAAUUUUUUAAACUUUGAGAUAAAGUAGCCCAAUAGCUGCAUCAAUGCCUUGCUUUUUUAAUGAAACAAUUGAUGUUCUUUCCUUACAUUGUGAUGCAUCUAGUCAGGAGUUUGCAGAAAGAACUCUUUCAACUGACGAUGUUGCUACAUCACCUUAAAACUUUUUAAAGGUAAAUGUUAAAUUAAAAAUUCUAUUAUAUAAUGAUGCACUUUAAAUAAAACACUGCUGGUGAACAAAAUAAAUACAUGAUAUAUGUACCAAAACAUCAUACUUUCACUUCUGUAAUCUUUGGGAAGCAUUUUUAUUCCAAUUAUGAAGCAAGGGUCAAUGCAUUGCACCCAUCUUACAAUUUACAAUACUACUCUCUGGGUCGCUUAUGUGUAGUACAAUACCCGCAUGCGUGUGUCAAACGCGUGUAGUACGUGUGGCUUUACGAGACACGCGAAAGCUGUGCCAUGCAAGUAAAACGUAUGGCUAUGAUCCAACUCAUAAAUAAAGUAUUUAAACAAUACCUCAGUAACUUAAGCAGCUAGAAGUGUGUAAAGUUUAAAAUGUGAGGCACAGAACCUUCUGGACAUCUUAACUGCGAUCUUUUUGCAAAAACAAAUUUAAUUUUAAAGCUAAAAGAGUAAAUUUUACUAUUCCUGGCUGCUGGAGAAAUGAUUAGAAGUUUAAAAUUGAAAACCUUGUUGAGAUAGUGGAAAGAGUCUGGGUUUAAAAGUACUUUUGUCUUUUUGUUCUCGUAACUAAGAUCUUUAUUCAUUUGAUAGUUCUGUGUUUUCCAUAGGGCUUGUAUGAAUCACAUCCAGUUAUUUUCCACCACAAGAAAGCGCAGCAAAGGAAUGUCUAUACACGAAAGGAGGAAAACUAUCUUUCACCAGCUUACAAGCUCAGUUUAGAAACACGCUGGGUAUAUCCCGAUCGAAGGAACUUAAUUUCCGCAAAAGAUAAAUGUAUUACUGCUGUGGAAAUUGAGGAUAACAGAACUGAUGAACUGGUGAAGGUCGGUAUGGAAAGUGCAGAUCGUGCAGAGCACGAUGGAAAACAUAAUGAAGAGAAGGUUCCCAAAAAGGUUACCUUCGAAGAUGAAAGAGUUGUGAGAAAGAAAACAGCAAGGAAUCCAAAAGGAAAGAAUAGAGAGGUAAACGAUAAGAGGAAAACUAAUACUGUUGAAAUCAUUUCUAAAACUGACCAAGCUGAAAAAGUUAGUUUACAGCAAAGAGUUCGUCCAAAAACUAGUCAAGGAAGAUCUGGAGGACCAGAUAAUGAAGUAAUGGCGAGCGAUAGGAAAAUGUGUCGACCGCACUCUGCUCCUCCUGCUCCACCGUCCACUCCAAGGCUCCCGACAGAAUCCAGAUUUUCCAGGUGUAUGCCUAUAACGAUAACGAUCCCGACACAAGGUGAUUUAACAGAAAGCAGUAGCGACCUAAACUUAGGAAACAGAAUAAGCGUUGAACCAGAAACGCCUGCUGAAAUCAGUGUCAGUGUUAGUCCUGGGGAAAGCGAGGAAACUCUCGUUGAAAGCGAAGAGAGUCCAGCAUUUUCUGUCGACAUUACUCCAAGUUCUUCACCUGAAAAAAUCACCCCGAGGUGCGUUUCCUUCACUAAGGCUCCCAGAUCUGCGCCAGUCUCUAGAACCACACCAAGACCUGAAAAUGAAACUCUUCGAUCGAGAUCAUCCACAGCUCUUCAAAGAGAGCCAUACAGGCCGCCCUCACCCGUUGUCUUUGAGUCAGAGUCUUCUUUAGAGUUGCCCAAAGAUUUGCCCCCCGCCCAAGCCGUUGUGGCUCUAAGGAAAAAAAUUCGCGAAGAUCUUGCCCAGCAAAAUCGUGAAUUACAGUUAGAAAUUCAGCACUUGUACUUAAAAAAGCAUACAGAGUAACUAUUUUUUUUAAAAUAAAGACCGU